GCGCGCGCCUCCCUGCAGGAGCCCCAGCCAGAAGUGCGAAGACCCACUGAGGCCUAACAUAUCUCGGGUGAAGCAUACAGCGCGCACCCAGUUUUCGAAACAUCUCCAGCUGCCUCGGACAAGCACACGAAAGCCACGCCCACUCUCCCACACACUCAGCACCGUGCGCCUGGGAAACACCACCAAGACCUGCAGCUGCCCGCCAUUCCCCCUGCGCCCCCACAAUGUCGACGCCCCGCCCCGGCCCUUCAAGCCCUGCGCCCGAGCUCGGCAAAGCUGCCUCUUGGGCCGAAGCGUCGCCCACUCUGCCCGCCCCGGCGGAGCCCCAACGGCCCGGGGACAGUCUCCAGCAUCCUCAUGUGCUGCCGCACGACACCGCUGCGCCAAAACAGCCUGAAUCGGCCGCGGGAGACGCCCGUGAAAUCGCCCCGUCUGAAGGCAGCGGGCCCAGUCCGACGGGCCUGCCAGGCCGCUCACAUGCUGCCGCGCCGGGCCCGCCACGCGCUGCCGCCGCUUCGCCGGCCGCCAUUCCUCGGAUGCCCGGCACGUUCGACAUUUCCGGCUUGACGGCCGCGUCCACAGAUGCCAUUGACGCGCCUCUAGCCAACCAAACGCACGAGUCCAUCGAGAGGCAGGAACUCGACGUGCCCGGGCCCGGCAUGCACCAUCCCCCCGACGCCGCGAGGCCGCCGCGGCCCGUGCUGCCCCUUGCUACGGCUCUCGGGACGCCCCAUCUGCCCAUCCCGCACAGCAAACCGCCCACCAUUGUGCCGGCAAUAGCCAGCCCCCAGCUCUCGGGCAUGCACGGCGACGCGCGCAGGGUGUUGGAAGCGGCCGGCGUGUCGGAGAUGCUCAGGGCGCGCGGCAGCGGCGUGACGCUGUCUCCGAACAGCUCGCGCAACGUGACUCCCACCAGGGACGCCGUGCCCCGCGCCCCCAGUGAUGCUGCGCUUGCUGCAUCGCCGUGCUUCUCCAGCGAGCACGAGCACCGCGACCUGUCGCCCGAAGUCCCGGCGCGCGGAGACCUUCUCCUCGAGAACCUCCCGCUCUCCAACAGCCCCUAUCUCGGCACGGCCGACAUCGAGAAGUACCAGUCCAUGCUCGAUCCGGGCAAGCCGCAGGCCGCGCCCGCGGGCUUGGCGGCCAGCAUAGACCUCCAGGAGCUUCUCGAGGAGCUGUCGCAGAGCCGCAAGUCCGCGCUGCUGGCGCUGCUGGUCUACAGGUCCGAGCUCCCGGAGAACGAUCGAAAUGACGCCCGCAACGGCGAGGACACGUCCGGCAUGGACGACACCCGGUCCACGGGCGCCAGUCAGGACACCCGGCCACCCGACGCGGACUUGUCGGGGCUCAGCAUCAGCUACCUCGACGCGUCGACGCAGAACGGCGCGACCGAACGCACGUCGUCUAUGCUGACGGUGAUCCGAACCCCGCACCUGGCGCCUGCGCCCAAAACCGUCGCCAACCAAACGUCGCCCGUGGCUCGCGACCGCACGCCGCAGUCCACGCCCGCGCUCCCCCCGGCGUCGCUCCAGCUGACCCCGUUGGGCCUGGAACGACCGGCCGUCCCCCACAUGCCCACCUCGAGCAGCAGUCUUCUGAGACGGCGGAAGAGCGGCAACCGCGUCAAGGGCGUGUUGACGUCCAUGUUCGGCAAGUCCAAGGGCCUGUCGGGCGGCAGCCACCACCCGUCGUCGCCGGACUUGAGCAAGAAAAUCAGCACGCCGUUUAACGCCAAACACGUGGCGCACGUGGGCAUCGACGACGACGGCUCGUACACGGGCCUCCCCUCCGAGUGGGAGAGGCUUCUCAGCGCCAGCGGAAUCUCGCGGACCGAACAGCAGCAGCAUCCCCAGGCCGUCAUGGAUAUCGUCGCGUUCUACCAGGACACCAGCGAGAACGCGGACGACAAUGCGUUCAGGAAGUUCAAGCAGAUGGACCUGCGCGCCAACGUGUCGUCCAACUCUUCCACGCGGAACACGCACUCCCCCAACUCGCCGGCCGCGUACACGCCGCCGUCGACACCUACCAUACCAUCAAGCACGGACCUGGUUGACCACAUUUCCACGCCCGUGCAGCAGCUCGGCCACACCAGCGGGUUCGGCACGCCGCAUGCGCCGCCCGGGAACCAGCCUCUCAAGUCGCCAAACCAGCUGCACGACGGCCUGUUCAUCCCAAGCCGGCCGGCCCCGAGACCCCCGGUCCAGCAGUCGUCGCCGCAGGUCCCCGAUCCCAUGCAGACGCCGCCGCCGUCCAACGGGCGGAAACACUCAUUUGGCCGCCGCUCCUUCUCGUCCAAGUCCAUCAAGUCGCUCAAAAACAUCGGCGCGGGCAAGUCCUCCGACCACUCCGUCCAUCCUUUACCCAACGCCGCAGACCUGACGCGAGCGCACCACACAUUACCCAAGUCCAGGUCCCACAACGCAUAUCUCGCUGCCAAGACGCGGCCCGAACACGACCGCAGGGAGCCUGUCACGGCACCCAUCAAAGCAGCGCCCAAAUUCAACGGUGAUGACUUCAGGGCACACCGGCCCCCGCCCCCGCCCCCUGUCGAGGCUCGUGCGGUGGCUCUUCAGAAGCCAGCAGUGAACAAGACGCAGGCUGCGGAGGACGCCGCGAAACCGGAGAACGACGCGGCCCCGGCCGCAGUGAGCCUGAAGCCGGCGGGCCGUGACGCGAAGCUGGCGGCUCUACUAGCGCAGAAGAAGCGAGAAGAAAAGCGGCGCAAGAACCAGCAAAUCAUCACCAAGUUGCGGGAGAUCUGCACGGAGGGAAACCCAUCGAAUUACUACAAGGACCUAAAUAAAAUCGGGCAGGGCGCCUCGGGCGGCGUUUACAUCGCCAAGACCGUGAGCUCGCAGGAGGUGGUUGCCAUCAAGCAAAUGAACCUCGAGCAGCAGCCCAAGAAGGAGUUGAUCAUCAACGAGAUUCUCGUGAUGAAGGACAGCCGGCACCCGAACAUCGUGAACUACAUCGACUCGUAUCUCUUGAAAGGCGAGCUCUGGGUGGUGAUGGAAUAUAUGGAGGGGGGCUCCUUGACCGAAAUAGUCACACACAGCGUGAUGACCGAAAGCCAGAUAGGCGCGGUGUGUCGCGAGACCUUGAGGGGGCUCCAGUUCCUCCACAGCAAGGGCGUGAUCCACCGAGAUAUCAAGUCGGACAACAUUUUGCUCAACACCGAAGGGCAGAUCAAGAUGACGGACUUUGGGUUCUGCGCGCAGAUCAACGAGCUCAAUGUCAAAAGGACCACGAUGGUGGGCACGCCCUACUGGAUGGCGCCCGAGGUGGUGUCCCGGAAAGAGUACGGCCCCAAGGUGGACAUCUGGUCCUUGGGCAUCAUGGUCAUCGAGAUGAUCGAGGGCGAGCCUCCGUACUUGAACGAGACGCCCUUGCGGGCGUUGUACUUGAUCGCCACCAACGGCACGCCCAAGUUGAAGGAGCCGGAAGCUCUCAGCUACGACAUUAAGAGGUUUCUUGCGUGGUGUCUUCAGGUGGACUUCAACAAGCGAGGCACGGCCGAGCAGUUGCUCAAGGACAAGUUUGUCUGCGAGAGCGGAAGCGUGGCGUCCUUGGCGCCGUUGGUGAGGAUCGCCAUGAUGAAGAAGGCCAACGAGGCCCUUGAAGAGUGACGGGCGCCGCCAAGUUUCAAUUCGACUCCCAGAGUAACACUGAAUUAGUAUUUACAUAAACAAUAUCCUCUUUUUGGCGCGCGCGGCCACUAGAAGCCGCCGGUCAAGUCCCUGAUCU